AUGCAAACCGUCGAUUCUGUGAUGCCUUUGACCAAGCCAUUGCGACGAAUUGAUCCGCUGAAACCUCUUGUAACACGCGAGACUGAGUCUUCUCGUCAUCAAGAUGAAACGACUUCAUUGACGAAUAAUCACCAGCGUAUGAACAUCGUCAUAGGCAGUAAAAGUUCCGGAAAAGCUGCAUGUUUCCUCAAGUCUGGAGCUGCAUCCCAAAAGUAUGUUGUUAAAAGUCAUGGAGUAAGGAAAAGAUUAAAUUCAAUUGAUACGUCUCAGCGAUCGUCAUCAAUCGUAUCAAGGAAGAAACUGGCGAUACAAAUACCGACAGACUUUCACACUAUUGAUGAUCAACAUAAAGAUAGUGGAAUAAGUAAUGAGGAUCGUGAAAGUGAUAGUGACAAUGACGUUGACGUGCAAGGAGCGAGUGAUUAUCGUCAUCGAACGCAGUUUUUCAAGUCGUUAGUUGGUCCAACAACGUAUGAAGAUGGCAAAGUAGUGUAUCAAGGUCAUGUUGAUCAUCGUGGAAUGACACCACAUGUGACUUUUGCAACAAUUCAGACGCCUCCAAGUGUGAUUAAAAGUGCUUGUAGUCAACCAGUGACGUGUAGCUUUUGUAGUUCUACGAAUCUUACGUGGAUACUACGUUGUGCUUUCUGUGGUUCUGCACGUAUGAGUGAUGCACCACGAUUGAAAUAUUUACUUGAUAUGAUCUUGAGUAUUGAUCCGAUGAUCAAACCCGAUAAGCUCGCAAAACGAAUCCUUGACUAUGCUAAAUUUGAUCGCGUUGCACUAAAAGCCGAAGCAGCUCUAAAACAAGCAGGUCUUAUGCGUGCAAAAGCUGCUAUUAUGAUGAUGAACCGUACAGUUUUGACUUUACGAUUUCAAAUUAUGCGAAUGGUCUUCGUUGCGUGGAAGAAAGCGAAGGCUGUGAGUAUUCGGGAGCAUGCAAUAAUUGGACACGUUUUAGCGAUUAAAGAAGCGCAAACGAGACGAAAGUGUCGACAAAUUGUGUUUUCGUCAUGGAAAGGUCAUGUUGCUCGAGUGGUAGAUGAGCGAGUACAGCGAUUUCAAGUUGCUCUUAAGCGAAAUGAAGGUACAAAAGUGAGACAAAUUUUGAGCAAUUGGAGAUCACAUUUGUACAUUCGAGGGAAAGAAAAGAUCGAGGAAGUACGAUGUUACUUUGAAAAAGAGCUUCGCGACACGCCUUUGGAAGCUCAGAAAGAAAUUUAUCGUCUUAAAGACGUUCAGCAAGAGAUAAUCAAAUUGAUUUUUACCACUGGGGAUUUACUCAUGGAAUUUAUGCACAAUUCUCUGGAGAAAGCUGAUCAUUGCGUGCUAAAAACGCUUCAGCUUGUGCAAAUGUACCCCACAACUGCAGGUGAAUUUUUUCAGUCUGCACAUGGCAAUGAACUUCUUAAUACGUUGAGUAGUGGACAUGCAAUGCCUCAGAUCGAUGAGUUUGGACUCAAUGAUGUCAAAGAUUAUGAAAUGAUAAGGCAACUUUUAGCUCAAACAAUCGAAAAGGUUGAAAAGUUUGCACCAUCGGAUAGUUUAAUUUACUGGCUUAAUUUCCAACGUCGACGUGGGGCUGAAAUGGGUACAACUAUUGACUCGACAUCGUAUCAAGAGGAUGACGUUUUUGUUCAAAGACGGUCGAGGGCUAGUUCCAUGAUCAAACCAUUAAGAAUCCGCACGAAAGAUAAAAAGAAAGAGAUUAAGCCUAUUAAAGCUUUACAAGAUUUAAAAACAGUGCUUUCCAAUCCCGGCGUGAUGCUCAAGCUAUUAUGCCACACAUCAUUCGACGCUCAGCAAGAAUACGAUCGAUUCCAAAGCUCAGAAACAGCUACUUAUGUUGCAGUUGAAACAUCAUCAAUAGCAACGACAUUGUCUCCUUCCGCUCAAGCCCAGCUUCGAGCAUAUUUUAAAAUCAUUCCUCGAGUAUUGAACCUUCCUCCUGACAUCAUCACUCGUGACAGCUUUGUACUAAACGACUUUGACUCCCUUUAUGCGUACGCCGUCUAUCUUUUUCUCUUCCAUCCAAACUACGUCGCUCCAGGAAUGACGCUAACAUCGAGAUAUCAGAUUAAACAUUUCUCAUUGACUACUCAAUGGCAAAAAGUCAAAACUUCAUUACAGGAUAACGAGUGUGAUACUUUCUCACAACAGCAAUUCCAUAUCUUUCUGAGUAAACUCAAACGCACUCACAAACAAUAUUUUCAAUUCAUUAACAUCUGCAAUGCCGUGGGCGAAAUUGCAAGUUGCCACGAGCGAUUCGUUGCACAAGAAGCAUUUAAUGAAUUUUCAAGACGAGUGCUGUGUAAAGAUUCGAAAAUAUCGGUAUCACUGGAGAAAGAAACGCUUGCUUCGUGUAUCUCGUUACCAACUGCCAAACUCUUGUCACUUUGCGAAGACAUGGAAGAACUACGACGAAUUGAGCAGGUGUAUAAGGCAAAUGUACUUGAUUUAAUCAAAAUAUUUCGACUUUACGGAACUGCAGCUGGUGGAAAAGGAAUUCUUGAGCAAGAAUUUCUCAAAGUUAUGACAAAAGCAGGUGUCACCAAUAAAAAAAACAUCUUGAGGUCGACAUUGCAGAUCAUUUACCAGCAAUCACGCAAUGGCAAUAGUUCCGAGUAUUUAAAUUCAGGAGCUUUUAGCUUGGCAGAAGGUGACGACGAGAGUGAAGACCGUGGUGCAAGUCCGAACGAAUUUUUCGAAGCGCUGACCCGUGUAGCGUAUCACAAUUACCAAAAACGUCGAGAAUUUAUUGGACAACUUGAUCUUAUGGGGGACGAGGUAUGUGUAGAUGACCAAGCUGGGAAUUGUACCCUCCUUUCAUGUGUGUUAGAUUUGGUGGUGGAAAAAGUCAUACCUUUGACGAGAAAAUCUCAAGAGCAAGGAUUGACAUUUAAGAAACAGAUGAUUUAUCCUGACGUACAACAUGUCUGUAAAGCCCAAGAGAAGAAACUCAAGCGGACAAAAGACUCAUUGAUGCACUUUUUCCACAUGGAAAAAUUAAGCAAUUGGUUGCUUUUGUCCAACAAGAUGGAGACACUGGAAAUACCGGAUCCAUUAUUGGUAAUGGAUACGAAAUCGAGAAUGAGUUUGUGUAUUCAGAAUUUGUAG